AUGGCCGGCCGGACACCGUUCACCAACGUCGACCCAGCGACGGCGGCCGCGGCACGGCUCCAGGGCGCUGAUCCUCACGAGCUGGACCAAACCAUGGAGUUCAUGCUACGGCUCAUCUACACCAACCUCCCCGAUUUCCCCAUCUACGACUGCCCGCGCCUCCCCCCACCCCUCGCCCUCGCCGACGACCACUCCAGCGCCGUCGACCGCCUCAGCACCCUCCCCCGCGAGCUCCUGCGCGGCAUCGUCUCCCGCCUCCCCGUCAAGGACGCCGCCCGCACCGCCGUCCUCUCCUCCCGCUGGCGCCCGCUCUGGCUCUCCACGCCCCUCCUCCUCCACGACGCCCACCUCCUCCCCAAAGGCCACCGCUGGCCCUUGACGCCGGCCAACUCGCCCGCCAUCACCGCCGCCGUCUCCCACAUCCUCGAGGCGCACCCGGGGCCCGUCCACUGCGUCCGCCUCGUCUGCACCAACAUGAGCCUCUACCGCCCCCAGCUCGCGCGCUGGCUCCAGCUCCUCGCCGACAAGGGCGUCGAGGACCUCGUGCUCGUCAACCGCCCGUGGCCGCGCGACCUGCCCCUCCCCGCCGCGCUCUUCAGCAUCGCCACCCUCACCCGCCUCUACCUCGGCCAGUGGAAGUUGCCCGACACGGCCGUGCUGCGCGGCGCCUCCUUUCCCCACCUCCGCGAGCUCGGCAUCUGCUGCGUCUUCAUGAAGCGCGGCGACGUCGAAUGCCUCGUCGCCAGGAGCCCCGUGCUGGAGAUCCUCAACAUCCUGGGAUGCAUGGAGGAAAUGCGUCUCCGCAUCGUCAGCGACAGCCUACGGUGCGUGCAAAUUUCCAUGUCGAGCAUCGAGCACAUCCAAGUGGUCAAGGCUCCACUCCUCGAGCGCCUCGUCAUGUAUCGAUCAUCCCCCAAUGCUGCUCGUGGCUUGUACACCAAACUCAGGAUAGCCGAUGCCCCCAAGCUGCGCGUUUUGGGAUACUUGGAACCAGGUCAGGUCCUGGAGAUCCGAGACACCGUCAUCAUGCCUGGGAUAAGGACGAGCGCAAGUACCAUGCUCACAAGCGUCAAGGUUCUGAGUUUCAAUGUGCGUUUUGGAGUUCACAGUGAUGUCAGGAAGGUGCCUACCUUCCUCAGGUGCUUCCCCAACGCCGAGAGACUGCAUAUCAUGAGCAAAAGAUGUGAUCAGCCCAGUGAUAACCUCGCCCUCAACUUCUGGGAGGAGUCUGGCCCCAUUAUAAAUGUCAUCUUGCGCAUCAACACGAUGAGUAUCCGUGAGUUCAGAGGGGACCCAGGCGAGGUUGCCUUCCUGGAGUACUUCUUUCGGACCGCACGGGUGGUGAGGACCGUAGUGGUUGCGAUGGCCAAUCCAAAGUCCACACCGUUUUCGACAGACAAGGCGCGUUCCAAAGUAGAGAAGUGUUCUAAAAACACGGCCUGCAUCACGCUUGUCCUUCGGAACAAGGGCCCUGCAGGAGGUGAACUUUGGAAGUUUAAGGAUGGGGCAGAUUUUUCCUUUCAUGACCCUUUCUCGGUAGCAGAGGUUUCUCGGAAGCAGAGGUCAGAGUGAGAUAUGAUUUCGUGGGGAAGUGGAUAGUUUUUUGGGUGCAAACUGGAGCAUCAAGUGUGGUAUCUUCUGUUACUACUUGCUAAUGUGUCUUUGUCUACUUUGUGGCUUGACGUCUGGUGGGAACAUGAGAUGACAUAAGCUACUAAUUAACUGACAUCCUGCUUGCCCUGUAACCUGUGAUCGUAUAUUUCCUAGCUAUGCUCUUUAAAGACAUUCCUUGCUA